CUUAGCGCUGCUCUCGCGAGCUGUCUAGAAGGUCGAAGGGAACGGGAAAUGGCGUCUCCCGUGCACGGCAGUCCUGGCGCCCUGUGGCCUUGGGCUACGGCCCUACUCCUGGCUCUGGGCGUGGAAAGGGCUCUGGCGCUCCCCGAGAUAUGCACUCAGUGUCCGGGAAGUGUGCAAAAUUUUUCACAAGUGGCUGUUUAUUGUAAGCAGACAUCAGAACUAACGCUGCGUGCCCGCUGCUGCCUGAAUCAGAAGGGCGCCAUCUUGGGGCUAGAUCUCCAGAACUGUUCUCUGAAGAAUCCUGGUCCAGACUUUCCUCAAGCACGUACUGCUGUUAUCAUAGACUUGCAAGCAAAUCCCCUCAAGGAUAACUUGACCAAUACCUUCCAUGGCUUUACCCAACUGCAGACUCUGAUACUGCCUCAAGAUGUCAUCUGUCCUGGAGGUAUUAAUGCCUGGGUACACAUUACCUCCUAUGUAGACAGCCAAGUCUGCCAAGGGCAAAAGGAUCUUUGCAAUAGCACUGGGAAUCCAGAAAUGUGUCCUGAAAAUGGAUCUUGUGCUCCUGCUGGUCCUGGUCUUUUGCAGUGUGUUUGUGAAGAUGGCUUCCAUGGAUACAAGUGUAUGCGGCAGGGCUCUUUCUCACUUCUUAUGUUCUUCGGGAUUCUGGGAUCCACUACAUUAUCCAUCUCCAUUCUGCUUUGGGGAACCCAACGCCGAAAAGCCAAGACUUCAUGAACCACAUAGGACGUCCUACUACCCGAAACCAACCUGAAACUCCAUAGGACAGCCACGGAGAAUUGCUUCCUUGACAGGCUUCACUGGGCAGCCGGAGGAAUCCUCCUCAAGGCUGGGGCCGCCCAUGGAAGGGUUCUGUACUUUAUUGCACCCUAGUAGAGUGUUUUGGACCCUGGGUCAGGACUGGACUAGUACUAGGUCCCAUUGUGUUACUGACUACAAUAAACUUUUUUCUUCUUUUUC